AUGAAAGCCGGUUACUUGGCUGGCCUUGGGCUGCCCUUCGGAGGCGGGAACGUGAUUUGUGAACUUCUCGCCUGGCGGAUGUUACAUGGAGGUGGCGUCGCUGUUGCAGGUUCACCGGUGCUCCUGCACCUUCCCGAGGAGAGCCAGGACGCUGCUGGCGCGUCGGGCGCGUCCUCCGUCAAGGCGCCUUGGGCCCUGGGCCAUCGCAUGGCCAAGGCCAUCGUGGCCGUUUUUGGUGACAGCUUCGACCAGGCUCCGAAGCAGAAGCAGGAAGCAAAGGAAGCAAAGCCCAAACAAGAUGUGAAGUCCAAGCCUACCUCUCCGCAGGCAGGAGCAUUGGGGCCAGCGCGGAGGAGAUCUCCUGCAUUUGUAGCACUGAAACCGGCAGACGACUGGGGUGAGUCCUUGAAGGAGACCUCGGACGGCAGGAGCUUCCUAGAAAAGAUCGACACAGACUUGGCAAAAGGCGGGCGCUGCCAUGGCCAGAAGGUCUUGACACGAUUCCCUCCAGAGCCGAAUGGCUAUCUGCAUAUUGGACAUGCAAAGUCCAUCACCAUCAACUUUGGCUUGGCACAGAAGUACGGCGGGGGUUGCAACCUUCGAUUUGACGAUACAAAUCCAGAUACGGAGGAGACAGAGUAUGUGGAGUCGAUUCAGGAGGAUGUGUGUUGGGUAUGUCAGGGUCUCGACAUGGAGAAGUGCAAGGCUGGUGGCAAGCCUUGGGUGGGUGAGCCCGUGUAUGCAAGUGACUACUUUCAGAAGAUGUAUGACUUUGCCAUCGAUCUGAUCAAGCACGGAAAAGCAUAUGUGGACUCGCAGACUCCCGAGGAGGUGCAGAAGAAUCGCGGUGGCGGCCCGAACAAUCUUCCCGGAGUUGACUCGCCGUUUCGGAAUCGUAGUGUCGAGGAGAACCUGCGGCUAUUCGAAGAGAUGCAGGCGGGAAAGCACGCAGAGGGCUCGCUCCUUCUCCGGGCCAAGAUCGACAUGAAUCAUCCGAACAUGAACAUGCGGGACCCACCCAUGUACCGGAUUCGAUUUAGUCAUCACCACCGAACUGGCGACCGCUGGAAGGUUUAUCCGAUAUAUGACUUUGCUCAUGGAAAUGAGGAUGCAAUAGAGGGCGUUACGCACUCAAUUUGCACCCUGGAAUUUGAGAACCAUCGUGCUUUAUAUGAUUGGUUUCUCGAUAACACGUCGAUCGUUCCCAGCCGACCCUACCAGAAAGAGUUUGCCAGAUUGGAAGUGCAGGGUGCCUUCACCUCCAAGCGCAAGCUCCUGAGACUGGUUCGCGAGGGGUAUGUGACAGGCUGGGACGACCCCAGACUUCUUACUGUUCGUGGGAUACGCAGACGUGGUGUUCGUCCACAAGGAGUGAAGCGAAUGUGUGAUGCCGCAUCUUGGCAGAACCCAUAG